GUCCUGCCUAACUACAAAGAGGCUGAAAAAGGGCUGUUCAGCUCGCACCCGUCAGCCAAAUGACUGCCAGAGCUGGCAGCCUUACAUGGCGCCGAAUAUUAUAAAGACGGAGGCAUGUCUCCUCAAAAGUCUCCGCGUAGAAAUCCCAUCGUGUUUUACAAAAUAUAAAAUCCCAAAGAGCAAUAAAACAUACUAAUAUGGUGACGCUUAACGACACAAGCAGCCUAGACUGUCCAUUCACUCUCCCAAACCGAGGCGGUCCGUUGACCGACUACUUUACUCGAUUCUCAGAGGCCCACGUCCAGCACCCUGCUAUAAUUGUCACCCCUACAUCGGAGGACCAUGUUAUUGCCGCCAUCCAGUUCGCAAAAGCAAACAACCUCAGCCUCUUCGCCGCGACGGGUGGACAUGGUACCUUUGCCUGUAUUGGUCCCAAUACCAUGUUCAUGAACAUGGCGGCAUUUCAGGCCAUAAAUCUGGACCAGAAACGGGGACAAGUUGAGGUUGGAGGUGGCGUUAUAACCGGGCAGCUAUUGAAGUCCCUAGCAAAGAUCGGCUAUUACACAACGCUAGCGAAUGCAAAUGCUGUCGGCGUUGUUGCCGCGAUUCUGGGGGGUGGUAACUCCGCUUACAAUGGUUUACAUGGCUUCAUGGCAGACAAUGCAAUUCGCUUCCGUGUGGUGACUUCGACAGGAGACGUUCAAGAUAUUGGUGCCAGUUGCACGGGUGACGAGCUGGCACUAUUCAACACACUCUGUGGUGCAGGUCACGGCCUUGGAAUAGUACUCUCUGUCAAGUUUAGAGCCUAUUCGAUUAAAAGCCUUGGGUUAACUGAUGGCAAGCUGUGGUCGCGUGUGAUGUUCUUCCCUCCGACGGCGCUUGAAGAUGUGGCAGAAGCAUUCACAUCGCUCAGUCCACCGGAUAAGCGCUUAAGCAUAACGUUUACCAUGGCACGCGGACCCCCAAGCACACCCUUCGAGGGCAAACCACUCAUAGUUCUGGCAGCGCUCUACUUCGGUCCGUCCGAGGCAGCCGAACAGGCAGCGGCUUCGCUCAUCGCUCCAGAAUUGCAGCAAAAGGCGUUGAUGGUGAACCAAGAACCUCUAGCUUUUGAAAACACAAAUGAUGCACUGGAGAAAAUGUACAGUUAUGGAGGCGCCAGAAGCACCAACGGAUGUAGAGUGCAGACGCUCUCCGCCAGCAGCAUUAUCUCUAUGUUUAACACCUUUGUCGCUUUCACGAAUGGUGCCGAGAAGGCGGGCAUCGUGUUACAUAGUUUUAAUCCGUCACAACUGACAGCCAAUGGGCAUGACCCAGAUUUAGGCAGCAGAUCCGUUGAGUGUCGCGAUUUCGGAUUCACUCUUGUCAUGUCGCUGUGGUGCUCUAGCGAGGCUAAGCUGGCUGAGGCAAAUGACGGAUUCGUCGAAGAAAUGCUGACACUUGUAGGCACCGAUGAUGAUCAUUUGAUGCUGCGCACGUUUCCGAAUGUAAUGAAGUUCAAACAGGAUAUCACUGAAAUGUUUACACCGACAAGAAUUGCGCAGAUGCGGCAAGUGAAGCAAAGAUGGGACCCUGAGUGUGUGUUUUGGUCACCUUACAACUUUGAACCUUGAGAUGGUGCGGGAUCCAGGGAGUGAUGUACAAUGGAUAUGGAGACAGCUAAACGUUUAAUACUCACAAAACUACGUGUAUAGCCUGCAAUCAAAGGAUAAAAAAGACAUUUAUAAGCGCUUAAUGCUUUGAGAACAAUGGAGAAUUAUUGCGUAUUUUGUUAAGCCGCCAUUCUGAUAGCUUAC